AUGGCUAGGGUGUCACAGAAGACACUAAACUGGCUACAUCGAGUCCUAUCAAACGCCGAAUACGGUCCUGAUCAAGCAUACAAAGACCCCAGCAGGACGUAUAACGAUGUAGCAAACCUGCUGUUCCAACACCCCGACUUCUCCCCUCAGACAGAUGUCUACACAUACGAAAAUGGCACGCCCGCUCUACUCCUUCACAUCUCAGGAACGCUUCCUGUCACCUUUCGUGGAGCCAUUUAUAGAUUUCCGUUAACGAUAUGGGUGCCCAAGGGAUAUCCCCACGAACCACCAAUGAUGUACGUCACCCCGACGCAGGACAUGCUGGUUCGGCCAGGACAGCACGUUAGCGGGGAGGGAAGGGUGUAUCAUCAUUAUCUGGCACACUGGGCGGAUGCAUGGGAUCGGUCAACAAUUGUUGAUUUUCUGUAUAUCCUCCGAGACAUAUUUGCGAAGGAACCUCCCGUGAUAUCGAAACUACAACAGAGUAUAUCACAUAUGGCUCCGCCACCCAAACCUACUCCGCCAAUCGUUCCCCCUUUACCGCGAGAGCUCAUCGAGCCCCCAAAUGCAGUCCCCUGGCCAUCUAUACGAAACCCGCCUCUUCCUCGGUUACCACCGAAACCGGCCCAAAUGGUAACAGACCCAAGGAAGCGAGGACCGUUUCCGCCUGCGCAUAGCCAACCAUCGCCUUUAGCCCCGUUCCCUAACGAUAUUCGUCACCAAAGAACUGUAUCCAAUGCCCAAAUACAGAGUCCUCAUAUUGUCCGUUCUCCACAGAGAUCUAAUAGUCUAAGGCAGUUCACACCACCAACGCGAAUGGGACCCCAACCACCAGAGCUACCUCUAAAGCAAGGCUUCCAGCAAGGUGGAUAUCGACCACAGUUUACCGGACCGGUUAGCCCCAAUUCUGUAACGACUCACCCCCCAAUUCAGCCGGUCGCGCCUGUUCCUCAAACGCCACCCUUCCAGCCACGGCCGCUGCCGCGAUCACGGUACCCCCAAGGCCCGUAUGUGCCUCCACUACCUCACCCGGGUCCACAAGCCUUGCCCCAACCUGGUCCACAACCCCUAGCCCGACCUCGACCCAUCCACGCACCGUCCCACGGCCCAGUUCUGGUCCCUCACCCUUCUCACCAACCACUGCAACCGGUUCCCGCGAAGAGACAAACCGGAGCACUCGAUCUCUUAGCCUCACCGUUUGAACUUGAGCUCCCUUCCAUUUCAAUGUCACAGAUUGCACCGCCCAUCCCUCCGAAUCCAGAAAAAGACGCACUUCUCCGCACGCUGUCCAAGACUCUCACCCAAACACUCCAGGCAAACAUCGCUCAGAUAAAGUUCAGUCUCCAUCCCCUCCAUUCCCAAUCCAAAGCCCUCAAGGCCUCCAUCUCCACCCUUGAAGCCGAAAUCUCCUUCCUAAACUACUUCCGUACAACCAUCCAGUCCAACACGGCGAUCCUUCAACAAUCCCUCCGACGUGCCGACGCCGUCAUUGCGGAUGCGAAAGCACGCCUAUCUACCAAACCCCCAGCGCAUGCGACCAUAGGUGCUAAGCCGCCAUCAUUGUCCGACCCUGCAGCUGCGACAGCGGGGGUAACGGUAACAGAAUAUCAAAAGGCUACUGGCCUUCCCGCUGUUGACGAUGUUCUUGUUGCCCCUACCGUAGUCGGCAAGCAGGUAUAUGACCUCGUCGCUGAUGAGCGGGGGAUUCAGCGCGCAAUAUAUGUUUUGCAAGCUGCGUUGGUAAAAGGGCGGGUGAGUGUUGAUACCUGGGUGCGGUUGACGAGGGGGUUGGCGAGAGAGGCGUUUUUGAAGAGGGCGCUUUCGAAGAAGGCUGGGAAGGGGAUGGGAUUGGUUGUUGAGGAGGCGAAGAUGCGUUUCCUCGCUCUCCUCCCCCUCCUCCUCGUCGCUCUCUACAAACUCGACCAAGCGCUACCUCGGUUCUACAUCUUUGACCCGAAGAAGCUCCAGGAUCUAUCCAAAGCUUCAAUUGAACGACACCCGAACAAUGUGACCGCAUUGAUGGCGGAUCUCAAUCAGGAGCUGCGUCUGGAAUACGGGCAUAAGCAUGUGCUGCCUUUUGAUACGGAUCCGGAUCGAUGGGUUUUCAGCAACCACGGCAACGCAAUGGGCGCAAUGCUCAUCCUCCACGCGUCGAUAAGCGAAUAUCUCAUUUUCUAUGGCACUCCCUUGGGAUCCGAGGGCCACUCGGGCGUUCAUCUUGCAGAUGACUACUUUACGAUCCUGCAAGGUUUUGAGCGACGGUUCAUGCCCGGCGAGCUCGAGGCGACGGAAUAUUUUCCCGGAGACCAGAAUUGGCUGAAGAGAGGGAUGGGAUCGCAGUAUCAGCUGCAUGGAUGGGCGUUGGAGUUGGCGCAAGGCUGGAUUCCAUCGAUGCUUCCGUUUGGCUUUGUGGAUACCUUCACGAGCACAUUGGACAUUCUGAAUCUUUGGAAGACUGUUUACUGGACCGCAAAAGGCAUGGCUGGGCAGCUCUUGGUAGGGAAGUUAUAA